CAGACAUCGACCAGAAGAGCUGUAUUGAUUUGUCAUUACUUUCAGUGCAAUAUAACCAAUCAGAUGAUAGAUUAUGUCCACGAACAGAUUUAAUUAUUUCAUGGUGCAUCAGGUACCAGCAAUCAAGAAAUAAAGAAAUGUCACGAUAAUCAUAUUACAAGCAUGCGGAAAUAGACACUAACAUUCAAUUAUUCCAGCUCCUGUACAAAGUUUAAAUUAGUCAUUUCACAUUUAAUAUUUUCAUCAUUUAUUUCAUAUUUUAUUUCAUUUACAUUUUAAUUCGUCAUAAAAAGUGUUCCAAACUUUUUGUGAUAUACUUUUGUUUUUGGAGAAAAAUCAGCAAGCUUCCUUUUGUCAAGACUUCAGUACAACCAAGGGCAAGCCAGUUGGGAUUCUAAAAUGUAGGACAUGCCACUGUAGAAUCUUUUCUCAGAUUUGUUUUUAAAAUCUUGUGAUUCAGAAUUAUCAUUGAUGGUUUUCUCUUGUUGUCGAAACUAGGUUCCAGACUACGUCGCUCCAGUACUCUUGGUGUUGUACAAUGGGUUUAACAGCGUCCUCCUGUGGCUCUUGGACCAUGUCCGGCUUAUUCAGGAACACUCUGAAGAAGCAUCCGGUUAAAGCAGCCCAGAUUUUGGACAAAGGGACAAAGGGACACCAUCUUUAUUGAGAUUUGCAGGACGAUGGUACCUAGCAGGCAUACGUGAGUCUGAGUCACAUGCUUCACACAUAUGACUUAGACUACACUUGCAUCUUUGUGUAUUACAGCCUGUGAAGAAGAAGAGCAGGCGGGAGAAGGACAGCUCUCAGAGUAUAUCUCAGCUGAACCUCUCAAUUUGCACUGGAGACUAGGAGCCCCUGGAUCUCAUUCACAGGGAGCCUUACUUUGUUAUUGCUGUGCAGACAAAGCAUACACUGGACCAGGCGUUCAGCAGCCAUCGACUGAUCACCUGGCAACCAUGUGACCAGUGCACGUCCUACAUCUGAGGCAAGGCCUACAUGUGCAGCUGUGAGCAUCACCUGGCAGAGCAUCACCACUUUGCGUUCUGAUUCUUCGUUACAGUAGUUAUUUAUUUUUUCGCAGCCUGCAAAAUGGUGUGUCACAAAAGAUGCAUUUCGAGAAUCAUCAAGCACUGCUCCACCCGGGAAGGGUGAGUCCUUAAGAAAGCCCAUGUAUGGGUCGGUCCCAGGGCAUCCUCCAAUCGCAUUACAUCAUCUUGAAGCACCGCUGUUGUGGUGUUGAUGUCGAGGCCUGCAGCUCCCAGGUCUUUGGUGUGGAUCCUCACUGUAUGACCAACAAGGACCAAAGACUGUCCAUCAUCCUGCAGUGGCUGCUGGAGAACGUGGAGCUGAAUGGCUUCUGCACAGAGGGAUUCUAUUGCAAGUUUGGUGCUGUCAACCGCGUAAGCUACGGCAGCAGCUGGAGAAGGAUGAGCCAGUGGGCACUGGUCCUCUUUCUGGGAAGAUCCUCUCAGAACUGCAGUGCCCAUUUCUGUAUCUAUAACAAUCCUGUGCAUCAUCUAGACCCCCAGGCAUUGUGUCUAGAGGACCACACCAUCCACACCGUCACUGGCCUGAUUAAAGAGUGGCUACAGAAGCUGCCUGAAAGUCUUAUGACAUUUAUGCAUUACAGCGCCCUCCUGCACGCCAUGACUGGAGAGGCUGAUCUUCCACAUGGUCAGGGUGGCCAUUGAGGAAGCCCACAAUCGCAUGUCCACGCUCUCACUGGCCAUCGUCUUCGCCCCCUGCAUCCUGCGCAGUCCUAACGCUGGGAAUUCCCAUGAAGUCACGAAUGGCAUGAAGAAGGCUGCUAUGUGAGCACCUCGCCUGUCCUUCUGGAACAGACCACCAAGGCUUCCAGGUUUGUUCCUCCAAAAGGCUGCAGGCUGCGUCGAUCCCCCACCAAGUCAGUGCCUUUCCAUCUUCACCAUAGACGCAGGUGUUUGGAGCUCAUCCUAAAUGAGCAGAUGAGGCGCUAUGAGGAGCUGAAGGAGCCAGAAGCCAGAGCAGCUUGAGUGUCCUGAAUCCCUGGGCCAUGAAGCAACUAAUGCUGAAUAGUAGGGCUGGGCGAUAAAACGAUUACGAUAUGUAUCGCGAUAGACACGUG